AUGGCCGACCGUUACUCUUUCUCCCUGACGACGUUCUCACCCAGCGGCAAGCUGGUUCAGAUCGAAUAUGCUCUGAACGCCGUCAAUCAGGGCGUCACCGCCCUCGCUACCAACGGUAUCGUCCUUGCGACCGAGAAGAAGUCAUCAUCGCCCCUUGCCGACCCUAGCUCGCUGUCCAAGAUCAGUCUCGUCACCCCCGACAUCGGUAUGGUGUACUCAGGCAUGGGUCCCGACUACAGAAUAUUGGUGGACAAGGCUCGCAAGGUAUCGCACACGGGCUACAAGCGCAUCUACAACGAAUACCCGCCUACGCGGAUAUUGGUGCAGGAUGUUGCUCGUGUCAUGCAGGAGGCUACUCAGUCUGGUGGUGUCCGACCUUACGGCGUCAGCUUGCUGAUUGCUGGCUGGGAUGAGGGUAUUUUGCCUGAGGACGAGACCGAGACCAAGGAAGGCGAGGAGAAGAAGCCCACAGGCAAGACCGGAGGUACUCUGAAGGGUGGACCCAUGCUGUACCAGGUCGAUCCCUCUGGCAGUUACUUCCCGUGGAAGGCGACGGCGAUUGGCAAGAGCGCUACGUCUGCGAAGACGUUCCUGGAGAAGAGAUACACGGAGGGCUUGGAGCUUGAGGACGCCGUGCACAUUGCGUUGCUCACACUCAAGGAGACCAUCGAGGGAGAGAUGAAUGGAGAUACCAUUGAGAUUGGCAUCAUCGGACCUCCGGCAGACCACCUGCUCGGUAUCGAGGGUGUUGAGGGUGCCAAGGGCCCUCGCUUCAGAAAGCUCAGCCCUCAGGAGAUUGAGGACUAUCUUACGAACUUGUAA